AAGCAGAGGAGAGUUCAGAGGCUAUCACCGACCAAGGAUGCUAAGCUACACAAGCAGAAGUGUAGACCCCAAAAGAUGAGUCAGAUGAAAAAGCUCCAUGUGUCUGAUCUGCCCACUGAAGAGCAGGAGCCUCCACUUGAUGUCCUAAUCACAAAGCCAAACUUCCCACCACCACCAAUUCCUGUUUCCUUAGAACUGGAAGGAGAUAAAAUUGGCCACUGGAGAGACCAUAGCUGUAUACUGCCUGUGACUUCUCAGCUACCCACAGAAGCCAGCAUGUCUUGGGUCCUGCUUUCUACCCUGUGGCUUAUCAUUCAAAUCCAAGUGAUAGAUACAACGUUGACUCCCGAAUUAAAGCUUCAUGAAAUAGUGCAUCCUAAAAAACUACCCAUUACACAAAGAAGAGGGCUUGAGAACAACCAGACAGAGAGAUAUGGCAAAGAGGAAAGAUAUGCACCAGAAGUUCAAUAUCAGAUCAUACUAAAUGGAGAAGAAAUCAUUUUGCACCUAAAGAGAACCAAGCAUCUUCUGGGGCCAGACACCACUGAAACAUCCUACCUACCCAGAGGAGAAGAGAGGACCAGACGCUCUCAGGAUGUGAAACCCUGCUACUACGAAGGCCACAUCCAGAACGCAAGGGGCUCUUUUGCCAGUAUCAGUACCUGUGAUGGGUUGAGAGGGUACUUCACACAUCGUGAUCAGAGAUAUCAAAUAAAGCCUCUACAAAGCACUGAUGAGGGAGAACAUGCUGUUCUUCCAUAUAGCUUGGAGGAACCAAACACAGCAAAUUUCAGGGAUGGUGAGAAGCAAGUUGUCAGGAAACGAAGCCAUCUUCGAACUUCCAGGUCACUCAAAAACCCAAAUGAAAACUUACUUCAAGGACAGAAGUACAUUGGUCUCUUUUUGGUGCUGGAUAAUGCCUAUUAUAAAUUGUACAAAGGAAAUGUGCCUCAGAUGAGAAGCUUUGUGUUCGAGGUGCUGAAUCUGCUCAAUGAGAUUUAUAAAACCAUAGAUAUUCAAGUGUCUUUGGUGGGCAUGGAGAUCUGGUCCGACCGUGAUAAGAUAAAGGUGGAACCCAACCUUGGUGCCACAUUCACAAACUUCAUGAGAUGGCAUUAUUCUAACCUGGGAGAAAGAAUCCAUAACCAUGCACAGCUUCUCAGUGGAGCUAGCUUCAGCCAUGGACGUGUAGGAAUGGCAGCUGCGAAUUCCAUGUGUACUACAUCUUCAGUGUCUGUAAUUGAGGCUAAAAGAAAGAAUAAAGUGGCUCUCGUUGCACUGAUGUCACAUGAGUUGGGUCACGCCCUUGGUAUGAAGGAUGUUCCAUAUUAUACCAAAUGUCCCUCUGGCAGCUGUGUGAUGAAUCAGUACCUGAGUUCAAAAUUCCCCAAGGAUUUCAGUACCAUCAGCCGCACCUAUUUUCAAGGAUUCCUUUCAUCUAGAAAUGUAAGGUGUCUGCUGCUGGCACCUGACCCUAAAAACAUAAUAAAACCAUCAUGUGGAAAUCAACUUCUGGACACAGGAGAAGGCUGCGACUGUGGAUCUCCUGAGGAAUGUACCAAUCUUUGCUGUGAGCCCCUGACAUGUAGACUGAAAUCUCAACCUGACUGCAGAGAAGAAGCAUCCAACCACAUCAUAGAAUGAUCCAGUGUCUAAUUCACAGAGAAGCUACUUUGCCAGGGCAGAAGUCCAGAACCUGCCUCCACCAGUAAGCCUGCCUAGCUUCACUUUUUGCAUCUAUACAGACAGACCUCUCUCUAUGUGCCAUGUUCUCUGUGAAGCCAUGAAUUCAAUCACUGAACAAUAAUAUCCCCAAAAUACAUUUAUAUCUGUAGUGAAUAUGUAGACAUUUUCUUCUCAUUAUUUCCUAAAUAAUAGAGUAUGUCAGCUAUUUGUGUAGCAUUUUUGUAGAUUAAGUGUUGGAAGUAGUCUCAAGAUGACAAGAUAACUUAGAAGAAUUUUAGUAGUUGUAUGCAAAUAUACUCCAGUUCUAAAAAGGACCGUUAGUCCAGAGAUUUGGGUAUCUGUGUGGUCUUGGAGUCAAAUCCUGGUGGACACUGAAGGAAGAUCUUUGCUUUUCUCUUUCCAUUCUACUUUAUGUGUUUCUACUAGUCCAGUCACAGGUAAAUAGACACAUUCAGAGAUGCUGCUUGUUCAUUCAGGUCUUAUCUGUAGUGUGAAUGGGAGGAACCUGAAGGAGUGGUUUUAGUUUCACUCUUUGGAGAACAAAAUAGAUGAACCUUUGCUGAAAUUCAUCAACAUACUCCACAGAAUUGUUGAGUUAGUUCUAAAUUGCAAAAUGACAAGUAAUUUAACCCUAAAUCUCUUUGUUCCUGUGGUGUAGGAAUCAAAGCACGCCACCUGCUGAGGGAGGGAGCUAGCAGAAAAAACAGAGCCCUUGCUGUUUCUUGGCACCAAUUUGUCUUAACAUCCUUUAAGCAUCCCUGAUUUUCUGUUUCAUAGGAAUAUUGGUCACAUUCAAACACUUUUCAUUUGAGCAAAUAGAGUUUCUCACACCUUUCUCUUGCUACCAUGUAAAAGAAUUAUUUUUGUGUUGUUUGUUUCUUAGUGGAAAUGGAAAAGUAAGGUUUCAUUCAUUGUUGUUUUUAAUAAACCAUGCUAUCAAUAAAAAUAAUAAUUUCCGUGUGGAUAUUAAAAAUAUGUAUUUUCAAACGUGUGUGUGUGUGUGUGUGUGUGUGUGUGUGUGAAAUUCCUGAUUAUUAUUCACCUUAAAACUAUUCUGCAUCAGUUAUGUCUCACUCUAAAAAAAUGUGGGCAGCAGGAAAGGGGUAAAGUAGGAAAAUCCUUACCAAUUCUACCCAAUAGCAUGCAAAGUCAAGACAGGAUAUUUUCAUAAAAGGGCCACACUUAGUCCCAAAUGGUUUUAAACUCUAAGUCCUAAAAUGUUGCUGGACUUAAUUUCCUGUUAAAUAAACUUUAUUAUGAAAAGGCUCA